AUGCGGGGAGAGGCAAGGCCGCCCGCGGCACACGGGCACGGGUCCCUUGCAGRGCACGGGCCCCUUGCAGAGCACGGGCCGUCGCGCCGGGAGCUGCAGGAGCUGGAGCUGCUCACCAGGGCCUUGGAGAGGGCGCUGACAGUCAGGAGCGGCGUCCCCAAAACUGCCCUGCAAGCCCCGGGAGACGGAGCAGGGAAAGCGGCCGGUGCGGGACCUGCUCCCCGAAGUGCUGCGGGGCGGCAAGCGCCCAUCCCGGGUGAGAGCGCGCCUGUGGCCACGCAGGGCAGAGCUGUAAGCAGAGAGCUUUCCUCUUCCAAGAAGCACCUGCUAAGAGCCCCUUAUAGGACUGAUCCAGAGGUGAAUAAAACACACAGGAAAGCCCCAUCCCGACGUCUCUCUCGAGCUCCUAGCGCAGCCGGGAAGACCCCUUCAAAAGCUGUGGUGGCUUCCAAACAAGCAAGGAGGCAUAGGGUAGCGGUCAGCGCCAGGAACGGAGAAGCCUGUGCUGCAGCUGAAUCCCCCAAACCAGCCGGCUUGUCCACACGUGGCCUCCUCGAGCAGCAGAGUGCCUCUGCAGGGGAUUCAGUGGGGCAGGAGGACGCGGUGGCUGCUGGUUUGGGUUCCCUGGGACAGUCCGGCAGAGAGGAGGAGGAGGAUACAGCKGAAGAUGCGUCAGGAUGGAACAGGCCACCUCAGACAGACGCCCUCCAGGAGAAGGGAUCCCGGCUGAAGCUUCCCCUUCCCUACAGGAAAGCCUAUUCCAGGAACUCCAGGGCAUGGGAGAGAUAUCGUCUCUGUCAGACCAGAUCAGAUGCAGGAGCUGCAAGGAASCGUUUUAUAGAGCGAAUCCAGACAACCUUUUGUUCACCGCUGCCAGCCUUCAGUCCUGCAGAGAUAGAGGAGGAGAUAAAGGUCCUGCAGGACAUCCCCUCCCUUCUGAGCCCAUUGGUGGAAGCUGAGCAGGCAGAGCAUCCAACUCUGCAGCAAGAGUAUGAGAGCCUCCUAACCCUGGAAGCUUUGCAAACCAUAACAUCCCAGUGCCUACAGAAGCUGCAGUGUCUGCGAGAAGCUACGGAGUCCCAGAUGAGGCUGUGUCCCGACUGCGCUGCUGGGGAUGCAGGAAGCUGCUCUCCAGCUUAUGUUCCUCCCAAGGACCUGACGUGUGGCCAGACMAGUGUGUUAGCUGCACCUCUCCUCUGUUACUCCAGUUUCCAGGAGCUGAGGGACCUGUUUGCGCUGAAGUUGCAAGUGGCAAGGCUGAACCAGGAGAUUGCCAUGCAAAAGGUCCUGAUGGCCGAGCUGCUGCCUGCUCUGGAGCCCAGACUUGACGCGGAGGCUUCGGCGCCCCAGCUGUAUCGGGCCCUUUACACUGAGCUCUGUGAAGGCGGCAGGCGGUUCCCUGCGCUGGUGAGAGACGAGCUGGCAGAAUGAUCCUGCCCRGCCCUCCUGCCAGCCCUGCGCACGGCCAGAGGCAGCUCUAAGCAAUAAACCUUUUCUGUUAACUUUUGGGGGUUUUUCUUUUUGUAU